CGGUAUAUUGCUAUUUUUCUAUUUGCUUCGCGGAUUUAUUGUGAAGUUAUUGUUGGUUUUUUGUUUAAAUGGGGCCGCCAAAAAAAUCAAAAAAGGAUCGCAGCGGUGGAGAAAAGUUUGCCAAAAAGCGGCGUGCCGAAGAUGAGGCUUUCACCCAACUAGUGGACGACAAUGACAGUUUGGAUACCACAGAAUCCGAUGGUGUUCCGGGGGCAGCAUCGAAAAAUGCAGAAACCAACGAUGAACAUGUAAAUACUGAUGAAUAUGGGGCGAAGGAUUACCGGGCACAGAUGCAACUUCGUCCAGAUCACGGCAACCGUCCUCUUUGGGUUGCUCCCAAUGGUCACGUCUUUCUGGAAUCAUUCUCACCCGUUUACAAACAUGCCCAUGACUUCCUUAUCGCCAUAUCAGAGCCCGUAUGCCGACCCGAACAUAUCCAUGAAUAUAAACUCACAGCCUACAGUUUAUAUGCCGCAGUUUCGGUGGGUCUGCAAACUCAUGACAUUGUGGAAUAUCUUAAAAGAUUGAGUAAAACCAGCAUACCCGAAGGUAUCCUGGAGUUUAUAAGACUCUGCACCCUAUCCUACGGCAAGGUCAAGCUGGUCUUGAAGCAUAAUAAGUAUUUUAUUGAGUCACCGCAUCCCGAGGUACUGCAGAAGUUACUUAAGGAUCCGGUAAUUCAAAAAUGCAGACUGAUACGCAGCGAAGGAGAGGAUUUCAUCCAAGGCUCAUUAGAUGGCAAGGCCAUAACUCAAUUUGGUGCAAAGGUGCCUCCAGGAGCUAAAGACAAGCCGGCAGAGGAUCCUGCAGCCUCCGGAGGAGCCGCUACAGCUGCAGAUGGUACAACCGCAGUUCCAGAGGAUAUCACAGACUUCUACGAGAAGAUCGACAAGGAGGAGGAAGACGAGGAUGAGGCCAAUCUAAAGACAGUAUCUUUUGAAGUUGCCCAGGAGAAGAUCGAGGUGAUCCAGAAGCGUUGCAUAGAAAUUGAGCAUCCUCUGCUAGCUGAAUAUGACUUCCGCAAUGAUACUAACAACCCAGACAUCAAUAUCGACCUUAAACCCGCUGCCGUUUUGCGCCCAUAUCAAGAGAAGAGUCUGCGCAAGAUGUUUGGCAAUGGAAGAGCCCGCUCGGGGGUUAUUGUACUCCCAUGUGGAGCUGGAAAAUCCCUGGUGGGAGUCACAGCAUGCUGCACUGUGCGAAAAAGGGCGCUAGUCCUUUGUAACAGUGGUGUAUCUGUGGAGCAGUGGAAACAGCAGUUCAAGAUGUGGUCCACAGCCGACGAUAGCAUGAUUUGCCGGUUCACUUCUGAGGCAAAAGAUAAACCCAUGGGUUGUGGAAUUUUAGUGACCACAUACUCCAUGAUAACGCACACACAAAAGAGAUCCUGGGAAGCCGAGCAGACAAUGCGCUGGCUCCAGGAACAGGAGUGGGGCAUCAUGGUACUAGACGAGGUACACACAAUCCCAGCUAAAAUGUUCCGUCGUGUGCUCACUAUUGUUCAAUCCCACUGCAAGCUGGGAUUGACGGCUACACUUCUUCGUGAAGAUGACAAGAUUGCGGAUCUCAACUUCCUCAUUGGACCCAAGCUAUACGAAGCUAACUGGUUGGAGCUGCAGAAGAAGGGAUACAUUGCACGAGUCCAGUGCGCUGAGGUAUGGUGCCCUAUGUCGCCGGAAUUCUACCGCGAGUACCUGACCACCAAGACCUCCAAGAAAAUGCUCCUCUAUGUAAUGAAUCCUUCCAAGUUCCGCAGCUGCCAAUUUCUGAUUAAAUAUCAUGAGCAACGAGGUGAUAAAACUAUUGUCUUCUCGGAUAAUGUGUUUGCGCUCAAACAUUAUGCCAUUAAGAUGAACAAGCCAUUUAUCUAUGGUCCUACCUCGCAGAACGAGCGUAUUCAGAUCCUACAAAACUUUAAAUUUAACUCUAAGGUCAAUACAAUUUUCGUGUCCAAAGUGGCUGACACCAGUUUUGAUUUGCCCGAAGCCAAUGUGCUCAUUCAGAUCUCAUCGCAUGGAGGUUCUCGUCGUCAAGAGGCCCAGCGUCUUGGUCGUAUUCUACGUGCCAAGAAGGGUGCCAUUGCCGAGGAAUACAAUGCCUUCUUCUACACCCUCGUCUCGCAGGACACCAUGGAGAUGAGCUACUCCCGCAAGCGACAGCGGUUUCUUGUGAAUCAGGGCUAUAGCUACAAGGUCAUUACGCAUCUUAAGGGUAUGGCUACGGACUCUGAUUUGAUGUAUGGCACUCAGGAGGAGCAGGGCCAACUACUCCAGUUGGUCUUGUCUGCCUCCGAUUUGGAUUGUGAGGAUGAAAAGCUGCCGGGCGAGCCGGGCUUCCGACCAGGUGGUUCUGGCGGUACCGUGAGACGAGCCGGCGGAUUGAGCUCUAUGUCGGGCGGGGAUGAUGCCAUUUACUACGAACAUCGCCGCAAGAAUGUGGGAAACGUUCAUCCGCUGUUCAAGAAGUUCAGAGGGUAGACUUAAGAAUGUAAACAGCUGUGAAGAAUGAAUAAAAUUCUGAAAGAAA